AUGUCUACAGUUGGUCGUUACCGGUCGUUACGCACCCCACGCGCACACAGCAGCAGCACUGUUGUGUCUGCCGCUUGAAUAAGCGCUAAAGUGAAACAUAGCGAGGAAAUGAGUCCGUUCCUAACUCUGCGUGUCCUCCUCAUGUGACCGGCUGAGUUCACCGGUGCCUCGGCCUGCUCGGUGAACAGUUCUCGGUGUUAACGCGGCUCCGGUUCCUCGCGGUGAGGAGUAAAUGAAAGCGUUGUUUGGAGCUGUUGAACAAAGAGCUUUUCUUCCCUCUCCCAUUGUUACCGAGCGGAGCGCCUGUUUUCUGACUCACUCAGAGGGGUUCGGACUGUAAAAGUAAGAAUACUACUCUGAAGUUUGUUGGGUUGAAUAAAGUGGACUGCAGGGCUCGGUAGGCCGAAUGUGAGGGGCGGCCUGUGCUCCAGUCAUGACCUCUGGGAAUGGGAACACUGACAGCAGCCAACACAAUGGAGAGAGCAAACCAGCCCAGGCUUUAGUCAAGUCCCACAUCCUCACCCACCUGAUCGAAGGCUUCGUCAUCCAGGAGGGAGCUGAACCUUUCCCUGUGGAACGUCCGUCUUUCUCGAUAGAGUGUUUUAGGAGACAGACAGACUCAAAGAUGGACGGCAUCUCACCAAAGGAGUUAAAGGCCCAGCAGGAGCCCAUGCUGACCUGCGAGCUGUGCGGCAGAGUCGAUUUCGCCUUCGUCUUCAAAAGAUCCAAGAGGUUCUGUUCAACAGUGUGUGCUAAACGCUACAAUGUUGGAUGCACAAAGAGGAUGGGCCUCUUCCCAAACCGUAAAACCACGCUGGAGAACAUGAAGAAACAGAGAGUGAUGAACGGUAACGUCAAAAACUGCAGCUUCGAUUCAAAGAAGAAGAUUGCUCCCUCUGUGCAGAAACCUCCUCCUCCUUCUGCUGCUCUGUCCCCGGGUCACUCGGUCCAUCCUGCACAGGGAGAAUCCAGCCAGUGUUCAGACCUGUCCGGUUACAAAACACCCCUGUCGCCCUCCCAGCGGGUUCCUGCUGUUCGAGGCUCUGAUCUGCCUCUGCUGUCCCACAGUUUCCUGCCUAGCGACCCUGGCCAGUGGAACAUCGAGGACGUCUACGAGUUCAUCUCCUCUCUGCCAGGUUGUCUGGAGAUCGCAGAGGAGUUUCGCUCUCAGGAGAUCGACGGUCAGGCCCUGAUGCUGCUGAAGGAGGAUCACCUGAUGGGAACCAUGAACAUCAAACUGGGCCCUGCGCUCAAGAUCUUCGCCCAGAUCAGCAUGCUCAAAGACUCGUAGCCCCCCCCCUCCCCCUCCUUCUCACACACACAACUACACACACUUACUGGACAAACACGACGUGCUCAGGAUCGCACACUACCUUAAAGUUGAUUCCAAGUGUCAGGUCGUUUUCACGUCCUGCUGGACCUGAGGACUCAGCUGAGACUUUUUUACACUGAUCAUUCACUGUGGAACCACUUCAGGAAAUGUUCACCCCCUAGAGAAGGAAACAUGUUAGGUAGACUGUGAUACGUUUUUAUUUGAGAACAUCUUUAAUUAUGUCUCACUGUUCCUGAAGUCUGCAGUUUUAUUCGUUGUGGUAAUUCACUGAAACAUACACGCCUCCCUAGUUUGACAACUGUUCCAUCUCUGUGCAUCCUGAGCAGAGCUACGUUUAAUCCUGAUCCAGAACUAGUACUACCUAUCCUGUCCUGACCUGCUGUCGCUACACAUGAUGUUCAUGACAUGGACCAAGUUAAAAAAGAAGGAAAAAACUGGAUGAUAGUAUUUUGGGUGAAGUAGAAAAAGGGUGUACAAGAUUCAGCAUUUUAUUUGUUGUUGAAACUCAAUGCCAAGAAUAGACUGUUUGAAUGUUAUUAGCCUACAAUGCAGCUGUUUUAUUAUCAAAGUUUGAGCCAAUCUGUGUCUUUAGACUGACUAUUUCAGAGGCAGUCCAAAACAACGUCAUCAAGUAGGUGCAAGGCAAUAAAACAUAUGACUUUGAACUCAAACAAAGGUGAAAAAAAAGAGAGACUGAAACGCAAGGAUCCAGAUUCAGAUUCAGACAUCUUUAUUGAUCCCAAGAAGGGCAAGUCAUUUAUAGCUUACCAUACAACAUUUAACAUUUACAACACAUCCAUCAUAUAUACAUGCUACAAGUCAAUCACCGGAUCUGUACAUGAGACCAGAGGGUCUGUGAAGGACAGCAAUAAGUUAAGGAGACCACUGUACAUUUAAUUUAGAUAUCUGCAUAUCACAGAUAUAGAUAGAUAUCCUCACCACAGACUGUUUUUGUUGUUGCUGCUCACAAGUCACAUUAAAUCAAAGAAGGCUUGCAGAGAUUGGCCCGAGACAGUCUGGAUGGGUGCCAGUACCAUGAAAGGAGCAUCAGAUGCAGAUAUAGUUUGAUUGGAUCAGUUUAAUAUUUCUCGGUCAUACUGUGCCAACACCAAGUCAUAUUCUCUCCAGGUUAUCAACGUAAGAGAUAAAUGAAAACUGUUGUUUCCAGGUCAGUGCUGGGUUAUACUUCUGUGUCACAACGUCUCUACAGUGGGAGUAGGUUUUAAAAUAUGAACACAUAAUGUGGGGGGCUGCAGAGGUACUGUUUCAUUCCUGUGGAGUGCUGAGGUGAUGCAGCUCUGUUUUUGUUGCCGUUGUCUGGAUUACAGGACAGGAUGUUGCUCCACUUCUCCCUCUCAGAGAUGGUUGGGGUCCAGUAGCUCAUCAGGCUGCUCUCACAUCUGUGCCCACUAACUGUCAUUAUUUCCCCACUCUCAAGACCAGCCUGAGACCACACUAACAUUUUUACCACAGUGUCAACAGGGAGAGGGGGAAUGUGACAGACUACUUUCUGUGGACGGAAUUGAUAUGACGUCUGUGAUCAGGUUGUCUCAAGCAUCGCUUUUUUUAAGAAUGAAUCACAGCUGUUUUGGGGCCUUGAUGAGUCAGUUUAUUCCAUUCUGUGUUGAUCCAUUCAGUUCCAUUCUAUUCUUAUGGUGUUACCACAGUGUCAACAGGCAGAGAGGAAAUGUGCCAGACCCCUUUCUGUGGAUUCAUUUAAUAUGACUCCCCCUGUAUGUUAAGUUCACUUCUACAGUCUAUGCUCACUGUUAGCGACAGCCACGAGUGCCUUUGUUGACAUGUUGACGCAGGAUUAUAACUCAGGCCUCACAAACACGUCCUCUGUGGGUCGUUUCAUUUUUAUUUCUACCAAAGUGCUGAACUUCUGAAUUUAUUGAUGCUGACCCUCCUUUGAGCCACGGUUGAAAAGGAGGUUUUUAAAAAAAAGUUGUAUCGAAAGUAUAUAUUUCUAUUUUUGAAAAGAAAAGGCCGCUUGUAAUUCAUCGACAUAAAACUGAGCCAUCUGUUUCUCUGCAGACACCCUGUUAUAUUUGUUGUUUUAAUCUGUUUGCUGUUCUGUUCUGGUUUAGUGUACAGUCUUCGCAUGAGAAAGGAUGUCAUUGGGUUUGUUCUUUUUUUAAAACAGAAAACCAAACUUUUACACCGUUAAAAUAAAACCUUUGGUUUGUUUCUUUCA